AUGGUCGCCUCGGAGCCUCUUCCCGGCGCCUUUCCACCAGCCCAGACUCCCACCAGUGAACCUGUCCAGAAAACAACUCACGAGCUGGGAAGCCUCUCGGGCUCCGGGGACAGGCCGCCGGCAGUGGUGUCUUCUGAAGGUCUGCGCGUCUGUCUGUCCACGCCUGUCACUUGCACGUUCCAAGUUCCUUUCCCUCUUGCUCCCGGCGGGCGGCAGCCUCUCGCAGGCUCUCAACUUUGGGGAGUUUCGACAGCCGCGGUGGCGGCGGCGGCGGCAGCCCCGGGCGCAGCCAACCUCUCCGCCGGCCCGGGUUGGUUCUGCCGGGCUCCUCUCAUUGCACGGCUGAACGUGAAGAGAGGCCCUAAGAUCCCAGAGGAUGCCAUAAGAGGAAAAAUCAGGAAAAUGUCGAAGACCCUACCUCCUGAAAACAUGCAAAUUCUGUUGCUGGCUCCACCUUCAAAAUAUAUCCAGAAUCAGACCACUUUUCGUUCUUUGACUAAUAUCACUUGUCGGAAGCCGUGCAUCCAUGGGAAAUGGCAUGGGAAUGUAAAGAAGACGGUUCUCCAUUCAGCAGGGCUGCAGAGAAUCUCCACGUGUGUGGCUGGGCCCUGCAGAAGCCUUCCCAAGAAUCCCUAUUCCGGUAUUCCCUGGAUAGCAUGGACUUGUCAACCCCCCCAGGAAUGAUUGGUUGUUUAUGGGAAUGCUUAUGCUCUUGUGCGUCUGCUGUGAGGUGGCAGUUUCAGUACCCCCAUUUUUGGAAAUACCCUUUAAUAAUGAUACAAAUGAAAUUACAUUUUUCUUGGUUAAUGAAACUGGCCUUUUGGGAAACUUCUCAGUUAAUAAAAACAAGUUUGAUCUGAUUAAUGUAACCCAGGUAAAAAUGUUGAAAAGUACACCUGGGUACUUUUACUUCAUGAUUUGUUUUAACCAUUGUUCAGAAAAGAAGAUACAAAGAAACCGAGAGGUCUUCCUGUACAGAUAGAUGGCUAAGGUGGUGGGGCAAAAUAAAUGGUCUCAAGUAACAAUAAGUUUUCCUGUAAAUUUACCCAAGGCACAAGUUGCCCGGGUCAUUAUUCUACCAUACAGGGGUUUGGUUCUCAUUGUCAGAGACGACAAUUAUGUUGGUUAAAUAUUAAAGAAAAAAUCUGGUGGGCCCCUGGAGGAAGAAAUAGCAUGCAACAUGUAGGAGCUGAUAGACCCCUAUUUCUUAUACAGGGCCAUAUAUAGAGGACAAAUAUAUGGUAUGGUAAGAUUAAAUAUGAGUAAAAGAUUUAAAGUUUUGUUUAUGGAAAAAUCAGUUUGGGUUGAUCUUUCCAUAAAC